CUCUCUCGAAAAUCAAUCUUGCUUUGAGAAAUGGUUGCUUCCAGACCACCUUCUUCUUUCAGCUGCGAGAUCAGCAUCACUGAAGCCAAGAACAUGGACCUUGUCCAACCAACGGACACGGUCUUCGUCAGGCUGUAUCUCUCCGCAGGGAACAGCAGCCAAAAGAUUCGGCUAAACACGCGAGAGCUUCCGUCGCCAUCGAGCUCCGGCUUGCUUUGGAACGAGUCCUUCUCCUUGGCAUGCGCCGGGAACGAGGACUCCAUGAGAUCCCUGAGGCAGGCGAGCGUCGUCUUCGAGCUUCGGACGCGGAACAGAGCCUCCGUCCUCGGUCCCAUCGGACGCCGAUCCAAAGUCGUGGGCACGGCAGAAGUUCCGUGGAAAACCGUCUUGGAGUCUCCAAACAUGGAGAUGGAGACGUGGGCGAGGAUGGCUCCGCCGUCGAGAAGGCGCGUUUCCGAGGACGUGAAGCCUCCGUCGGUGAGAAUAGCGGCGAGGCUGAGGAUGGCGGACACGGCAGAUGUGGUGGACAGGAGGGAGAGAGCGAGAGGGGCGAGGUUGAAGAAGGCGGGGGAGUGCGAAUGCGAUGACUGUGGUCUCAGCUUGUGCAGCCGCGAAGACUAUGAUGUAUUUGCAUUAGCGGCUGCUCUCGAGGCCUUUUAGGUGGCUUCACUUGGUUGAACGGUUCAAGUAUCAUCAAAUUUGUUGAUUUUAGUGCCUUUUUU